GGAAGAGACAUGUCUAUUCUAUGUUGUGCAUGAGGUGUCUUAGAAGACAAUGAGUCUGGAAAUGUCUUCAUUGCUAUAGCUCGCAUUGCUGCAUCCAAUCAUGGAUGUCGAUGGGGGAAUUCCCAUGUCUCUAGUAUUGCCAAUAGCAAGGUAUACAGUAGGCCUGAUUGGUAGCUGUGAUAUUUUGGAGGUACCGUACACUCAUAACAACUAUUUGUCGUGUUUGGAGUUACCAACAAGACAUGACUGGUUUGAAUACGAAUAUUAAGAUUCAAGAGCUAUACAUGUGACACUUUACAGACCAGAAUUUCGUUUGCCAAAAUAUAACCAUGGCCGAGAGUAUUGUAGGAGCCAUAUCGGGUCAUCUGGAUUGUGCGAUCUGCUACCGUAGAUUCGAAAAUGCGAAAUGCCUCAAUUGCUUGCAUACCUUUUGUGAGAGCUGCAUUAACAGCGUCAUAGACACAGCUGUAGGCUCAGACUCAGACUCAGAUGAUGACUUUAUAGAAAAUCAUGUCCGAUGCCCGGUAUGCCGUGAAGAAACAAACUAUGAUCAAGGUAAAGCCGAAACCCUGAGACCAAAUCUGCUGGCCAACAAGCUUAUCGAAGAACUUAAACGCCAUGAGGAUUCUGAAUCAACAAAAGAACUUUGUAAGGAGCACGGUGCAGAAAAGAAAUUCUUCUGUGAGAAAUGUGGUGUACUAAUUUGCAGUGAAUGCGCUCUUUGCACCCACGGCAAGCAUACGUUUUUGAUUAAAAAUGUGGAAGAUGCUUCGAAAGCAAAGGUAGAUGGAAUGGUCAAAUUGAUGAGUAAAGCAACGAUGUGGAUGGCGUCUCAUCAAGAAUUCUUUAUGGACUAUACGAAGAAAAAAGUGGAAGGGAAUAAGCGACUAGACGACAUCUCAGAAGCAAUUCAAACAUCUUCCAGUAAGUGCUUAAAACUUCUUACUGAUAUGAUCAAUCGUAAGAAGGAAAAUCUCAUGACAAAGGUCGAAUCCAAUCGAAGUGAUCUCAACGAGGCCGUAGAUAACAUCUUGGGGCCUGUGGUGGAAGCAAUUUCAGAGGUCUCUGAUGAAAUCGAAUGUGCUGAAGAACUCUUAGACAGUAGUGACCCGAAGGAAGUGGUUCUUCAAUACAGGGAUUGGGCAAAGCGCCUCCUUCGUGGGAUUGACCAACAGAUUCCUUCUGAUAUGGAUGCAAGGCGUCAGUGUACCAGGGUUGGGUCUCUGAAGUUCUUUGAAAGCAAGGCACCUGUUCUUGAUGUGCCCCAGUUAGGCGUCCUUUGGGGACAGGUUCCAGAAAGAAAAGACCAAGAUACAGAAAUGCCCCUUCUGCAACGCCCAACGCAAAGACUUCUUCUCACGCUACGUGUCCAGGUAUGCGGCAGAAUAAAGCUGAUGACACCCUACACGAAUGGCAGCAUCUUGGUUCGUUAUCGAGAUGGUCACAUGGAGGUCCUGAGUCCAGACGGUAGUUGCUUCAGAAUCCGUGGCCGUUCAACCAACAUCUCGGCCAGAGACAUGGCUGCACUGUCCGAUGGCCGGUUCGUCACUUUGACCAAAAGGAACACGGUGAAGAUCUACGGGAAAGGAGGUGAAAGCCAACAGGUCGAGUUUGCGACGAGGGAAGACGACGACGAAUCCGCAGAUGCUAUCGCUACGGAUAUCCACGACAAUGUCUUGCUGCUGUACUCAGGAGUCGCAAGGGUCGUGAGGUUUUCUUCAGAUGGAGGGGAACCUAUGGAUGUCAUCCCCAUCAACUGCGUCGAAUUCAACGUGGUGUUGAGGAUGAGAUCGACAACGAGAGGAAAGAUCGUCAUAGUGCAGAACGAUGGAUUCCUGAUAGCCUGCUCCGAUGAAGGCGGUAUGUAUCGGAAGAUACCUAUCCGAGAGACUGAUAAAGUAUCCUGCGAUCAAGAAGGCAACAUGUGGAUGAUAUCUCAUCAGGACAUCCAGGGUACCAAAAGGGCUUUCCUCGAGGUGUAUGGGGAGAAUGGUGAUCGCAUUGUGGAUACUUACCUGCCGAAUGACUCCGCGGCUCCAGAGUUUGAGCCUUGGGGUAUUGCUGCAUCAACAAACUGCUUUGCUGCUGUCCUAUCACCUAACGAAGUUGGCUGGUUCAUCCGCGAAAUGUAAUACCAUGACAAAAUACUGUAAUAUCCAGCAGUGUAACUAUAGAUAAUCCUGUGGAUUUUCACUUAGCUUAUUUGUAUUCUUUUUCUCCCUGGAAAUUAUCAGAUUAUGCUAUGGAGGAAAUAACCAUUUGUAUUUUGGCCACUGGAAUUUCAACUAUUCGCACCUGUCUAACUUGGUCUCAAUUAAAAGUAUGACUGUCCCUAGUGAAAGAAUGUGCUGGAAACAUACAAGCAUAAUCAUGAUCUAAUGUAAAAAGUCACACUAAGGCAAGCAGUACUGAUAUGCAGGGAAGAGUAUAACGUUUACACCUUUAGAAUACUAAAUAGCAUUGUUUUAAUCUCUUUCUUCUUUUAUACUAUUACACCUAAUAUAUAGUAGGCUACUUUUACUGUUACUAUUACUAUACCUAUUACUACUAUUAUUACUUUUACUGUUAGCAAUCAUUAUUGCUGUAACGGUAAAUAUUACUUUUGAACAAUUAGUGGCCCUUCUUGAUAUACAUCUGAAACGUUCGUUAUGAAGACAAAAGCUAGGGUAGGAACUUUCAUUUUCGAAUCGUAUAUAGGCAAAAUUGUUUUCCAAAAAACAAAUAUCACUAUUAUUCAGGAUGCAAAAUAACCUAAAUAAAACGAACAAGCGAAAAUAUGUUUCUUUUUAUACGAUAUAUUUUGUGGAUCAAUAACGGCCAAUUUAUCAGCAUACAUAAGGAAUCCAGGCUUUUGUUUUAAUGGAGAAAGACAAGGACGAUUAUAAAAUUUAUAUUUUGAAAGAAAAAAGAAGAAGCAUAAUCUAGCUAAUUGUGUUUACAAACACUCCAAGAAAGACCUCGAUGUAACGCAUCCUCUUCCAUAUUUUCUUUAAUGAGUUAAAAUCAGUCUAAUCAGCAGCAUCUCCGUGAUGAAUUUCUCUCAUUAUUCCUGCUAUUCGGGGAUACUGGCCUUACAUUAGGUACCAUGUCCAGCAUCGAUUACCCUGUGCCACCGAGCAUGACCCAUGCACCUAAUGUCUCAAGUACAUGGAAUGUGAAAAGUCAAUUUGUAUAAUCAUUCUUUACAAGGAUAUUCAAUAUUGAUGGUAUGAAUUUCUUUCAGAUAAGCUUAUGCCAAAGGUUAUGUAUAUUUCUUUUAUUCCAAAACAAACGAUUUUUUUUCUCACUUCGAUG